UUCUUAGAAAAAUAUUGAAAAAGGAUAGUUAACUGAGUUCAAGUAGGAAAAGGUAGGGGGUUAUGUGGAUCGAUGAAAAGUUGAUUCUUUUAACCAAUUCACAAGCAUACGUUCUCCGAUCCCGUUAGGCAAGAUAUCGUUGGUAUGAACCAAUAGCCGUCAAGUGGCACGAGGUAAUCAACUGUAACCGAAUGUAAUAGUAGCAAGAAUCUCAGAAGCUACGUCUUGAAUUUUAGCGUAUACUAUAGCGUAUAGUACAACGAUAGGACAUAGGCAUCAUCAUUAUCAUCACUGUAACGUUUGCGUACGCGUCGAUAGUAUUAAAUUUAGAAUCGACUAUUUUGUGAUCACAUUGUAAAAUUGGUUAUUUUGGUUUUGGAUCUUUACGUCGUUCUCCCCAUUUGGAUCAAUUCUCUCGCUAUGGUUUCCAUCCACGUAUUCAUCGAAAUCUGCUUUGCAUUGAUUCUAUUUAGGAAUGUCGACUCUGCAUUACCUCCAUAUAUAAAAGUAUGUAAAAAAAACGAUCCUAAUAUAAACGAAUGUGUAAUGAAUUCGAUCGAGAAUCUUCGUGAGAAAUUGGCUGAAGGAAUUCCUGAACUCGAUACACCGGCUAUCGAGCCAUUAAAAUUAAGUCAAAUUCGUUUAUUGAGAGGACCAACUGGGGCUAGGCUCGAUAUCAAUCUUACUGAUAUUCAGGUGAACGGACCGUCGACGUUUAAAAUACGUGAUCUCAAAGUGAACACCGAUGACGUAAUUUUCACUUUCAAGGUCAGCUUCGAAAGGCUCAAUUUCCAAGGGAAAUAUCAAAUAGAUGCUACAUUACUUUUACUCAAGCUCACUGGAGAGGGUGAACUCGUUGGCAAUUUCACUGGAUAUGAUUCUGACAUUGUCUUGAAAGCACAGAAAAUUUAUAGAGACAAUAAAGUUUAUUUACAUUUUGAGAAAAUGAAAUUAAACAUUCAAAUUAGUGGUGCUAAUCUUUAUCUAAACAAUUUAUUUGCUGGUGAUCCAGUUCUAGGACCAGCCAGUAACAAAAUAAUAAAUGCUAAUAGCGCAUUAUUAAUAGAAGAAAUUAAACCAGUGAUGGAAUCAUCGUUAGCUGAUCUUUUUACCAAUGUUUCGAAUAAAAUUGUGAAAACCUUUACGUACGACGAACUAUUCCCAGAGAAUUGAACGAAAUCUAGACAAAUUAGAAUCCUUUUUUAUCAAAUUCAUCUAAUUACUUUUAAUUCAUUAAUUAACGACAGCACACUUCACGUUUUUCAAUGAUACGUGCCGAUAAUUAUACAAACGGUAUAUAAUACUCGUAAAAGAUGAAACAAUAAACAAAUAAACAAACAAACAAAAGAAGAAAA